AUGGAGCAGGCCUGCGAAGUGAGCCGCCGCAGCUGCCUCGUCCCCUUCGGCACCUCGCUGGCGGCCGCCGAGCCCAAGGGCGGCCCCUUCGGCGAGGCCCGCGGCCCCGAGCCGCCCGCCAUGCAGCUAGCGGCCGCCAAGCCCGGCUACGGCCAGGACCCGUCGUCCUGCUACAUCCCGCUGCGCCGGCUGCAGGACUUGGCCUCCAUGAUCAACGCCGAGUACCUCGGCGGCGCUGCCGACGGCGCUGAAGCCCUGCCCGACCCCGGCUCGCCGCCCCCCCGCCUGCCCGCACCGCAGGACCCGGCUGCCGAGGCGCCCCGCGGGGCCCGGGCCUUCCCCCUGCUCCUGCGGGACGGCGGAGAGGAGGCGCCGGAGGAGGAGGAGGAGGAGGGCGCCAAGACGCCGGAGGAGGAGGAGGAGGAGGAGGACGACGACGACGACGACGACGACGACUACGAGGAAGAGGAGGAGGACGACGACGACGACGACGACGAGGAGGAGGAGGAGGCGGCAGAGCCCGGCUCGCGGAGCCGCGGCCGCCCCGGGCCGCAGCGGGGCCCCGACAGCCGCCUGCAGCCGGGAGAGCCGGUGCCGGACGGCGGUCCCGGGGAGAAGCCGGAGUCCUCGGCGGCCCUGCAGCUCAUCCAAGCCCAGAAGAAACCUAUUCCAGUGAAGUAUGAAGUUGGAGAUCUUGUUUGGGCCAAGUUCAACAGACGCCCAUGGUGGCCAUGCACAAUUUGUCAUGACCCAGUGCUGGACUGUCACUCAAAAAUGAAAGUAGUUUCCAGUGGGAGACCAUACCGAGAGUACUAUGUGGAUGCCUUAGGAGAACCUUCAGAGAAAAGCUGGGUUGCUGGGAAAGCUAUUGUCCUCUUUGAAGGAAGACAUCAGUUUGAAGAGCUGCCUGUUCCCCGGAAAAGAGGGAAGCAAAAGGAAAAAGGCUACAAACAUAAGGUUCCGCAAAGAUUUAUGGCUAAAUGGGAAGUCAGUGUUGGACAGGCAGAAGACAUUCUUCUCAGAGGACCAGAGGAUCAAAAGUGCAGCCAGAACUCCAGUGAGCCGGACAGUGAGAAGGACAUGCAGUCAGAAUACUAUACCAAUGGCCCUGGAGCAGAAAGGGACAGGCAGCUGAACGGCUGCUUUAAAUCCUUGGCGUUUGACUCCAGACACGCGACCAGUGAAAAAGGAAAAUUGCACAUUAAGCCACAUGUGAAAAAAAGCUCUGAAAGCAGAAAAAGGACUAGAGUAAAAAAGAGCAGCGUGAGAGGGGAAGCACCUAGGGGAGAAAUCAAAGACAAAACACCAGAGAGCAUAGUUAGAAACACAAUUGCUGGGGACCUACCAGAGAAACACGCGUCUCAUGAACUUCGCCGGAUUGCCAACAGCCUGACAGCAUCCAGCAGCACCAGGGAAAACCAUUUGCUUUCCUCAUUUGGAGAAAGACGUUUUGAAAAGACACCUUUGAAAACGGACUGUGAGAAUCGUAAAAGUGAUACUCUCAAGAACACUCUCCAAGGGGAUUUGUUUUCCAGCCCAUCUUUUGAGAGAGAGAAGAGCUCCCUGGGCAUUUUGUGCAGUUCUAAAUUACAAAUACAUUAUUCUGCAUCUGAUGCUGGUAUUGAGAAAAAGCAAACUGAAUCGGAUUCAUCCUCUUCCCUCUCUGAUGGUGGGGACAGUGAUGUAGAUACCAUGGACCAAAAUUCAGAGAGAGCCUCUAGUGCUCUUGAAGUUAGUGAUUCUUCAGAUAAAGUGGAGAAGGAAUUUCCUAUGACGUCAAGUGGAAACAUUAAACUUUCCAUGUAUCUUUCUCAGAAGAGCAGCAGAAGGGCCAGGAAGAAGUCAUACAGAGAUCGCAAACCUCUGGGAGGUUCAGUAACCAGCAGACUUGAUGCUGAAUUUGCAGAUGAAGAGCUGGAAGUUGGCUUCUCUGAUGCUGAGAUGUCAUUGAUGGCUCUUGAGUGCUCUUCGGAUGUGAGAAAUGACAAUCUUUCCCCAGCAAACAAGCACACUACCCCCCAAAGUGUCUCCAAGGAUAGCUCCUGGCCUGCUGUUGCAAAUCAAGCAAUCUUAAAACCGAAAAGCAUGAAAUUACCCCGAAUCAGGAGUAUAAAAUGCAAACAUAAAGAAAAGGUUGGUGGGUUGGAGCCUUCUCUUGCGGAAGAGGAGGGUGGUGUGAAUUGCUGCUCUUCGGAUACCAAAGGUUUCUCUGGCCUUCUGAGAAGUGGAAAAGUUGAUGGUCAGAAACUAUUAAACAACAUGCAUGAGAAACCCAGGGAUUCUGCUGAAAUCGAAACGGCUGUGGUGAAGCACGUCUUGUCAGAGCUGAAGGAACUGUCUUACCGGUCCAUGAAUGAUGAUGCCAGUGACUCUGGCACUCCAAAGGCCACAGUACCUUUACUUUUCUCUUCUGCCUCUGGUCAUGGUCGUUUGCCUAUUGAACCAGAUUACAAAUUCAGCACCUUGUUAAUGAUGUUGAAGGAUAUGCAUGACAGUAAGACAAAAGAGCAGCAACUGAUGACUGGUCAAAAUAUAGUCCCAUUUCGAAAUACCAGCACAGCUGAUGGUUCUGGAAGCAAUUCUGCGAGUGGUCUGAAGUCUUUGUCUAUUGUAGGUCCCCCAUAUAAAAUAGAAAAAAAUGGAGAUUGUGUCCAGGAAACAGUAAAUCCAAACUCCGCUAUAAGCAACUCCUCAUUUUCACGCAAUCCUCCAACCAAGUUGACGGGGAUUGGUUCUGGUAAAAGGGAGCCUGCAAGUGCUGCUGUUUCUGGGACAAAUGGCACAAAUUGCGUGUCCAAACGCAACUGUUCAAAAUCUAAGCAGUCAUCUAAGCUUGGAGAUAAAACAAUUUCAAACAGAAAGGACUUAAAACCAGGAGGGCCAACACAUUCAGAGAGGAAGCGCCUUAGAAAGCCAAGUAAACGGCUUCUGGAGUAUGCAGAAGAAUAUGAUCACUUGUUUGCACCCAAGAAAAAAUCAAAGAAAAACCAGGAGCAAUUGCAAAAGGUGAAUUCUGUGGUGAGGUCUGAAUUUGAAGGAGGUCUUCCUGCACAAUGCAGUCCUGACAGAGAUACCCAGCGGGGGCCGAGUUCUUUGGUUUCAACUCCAUCUUCAACCAAAGAAUCCCCUCCCAUCCUUGAAGCAGAGUGUUCCUUCUCAGAACUAGGAUCCCACUCCACUGAUCACAAUAAUCAAGUUCCAGAAGGACCUUCAGAUAUUCCAGACCUGGUGGUGCUGUCUGCCUCAGAUGCUUCUGAAGUUUCUGCUUCUCCAGAUGCAGAAGAGGGAUUCCUGAAAUCAGGAAACUUUGAAGGCAAACGUCAAAGGAAGCCCACUAAAAAGCUCUUGGAAUCCAAUGAUUUGGACACUGCCUUUAUGCCAAAGAAGGAGGAGUGGACUCCCCAAAAGAAGAGUACUGGCCCUUCAGAGAGCGACAGCUCUGAGCUCUACUCACCAGCCCACUUUCAGGACCUGGGAGAAGCUUCUGAAAAGCUCUUGGAGAAACAGCGGAAGCGGAAGAGACAGCGCCAUACCACUGCUGCAGUCCAUUCCAAGAAGGAGAAAAAUGAGGAGGGGCUGGGGGAGACCCCACACUCUGAGGGGGAGACGUCGAUUCAUGGGACAGCUGCAAGCCCAAAAGAGGGUAAUGAAGAGGGGUCAGAGAAUGACCAUGGAGUGCCUUCAUCCAAAAAGAUACAGGGGGAGCGUGGAGGAGGAGCAGCUCUCAAGGAGAACGUGUGUCAGAUCUGCGAGAAGCCAGGGGAGUUGUUGCUGUGUGAGGCACAGUGCUGUGGUGCUUUCCACCUGCAGUGCCUUGGGCUCUCCGAGAUGCCAAAGGGCAAAUUCAUCUGCAAUGAGUGUUCCACAGGGGUCCACACCUGCUUUGUGUGCAAGAGCUGUGGGGAGGAUGUGAAGCGGUGCCUGCUGCCCCUCUGUGGGAAGUAUUACCACGAAGCCUGCAUACAGAAAUAUCCACCCACAGUCAUGCAGAACAAGGGCUUCCGCUGCUCCCUGCACAUCUGCAUGACCUGCCAUGCUGCUAACCCAGCAAACAUCUCUGCGUCUAAAGGUCGUCUGAUGCGCUGUGUGCGGUGUCCGGUUGCGUAUCACUCCAACGAUUUCUGCCUCGCUGCUGGCUCCGUGGUCCUCGCCUCCAACAGCAUCAUCUGCCCCAACCACUUCACCGCGCGGAGGGGCUGCCGCAACCACGAGCACGUCAACGUCAGCUGGUGCUUUGUCUGCUCGGAAGGGGGCAGCCUUUUAUGCUGCGAGUCGUGCCCGGCUGCAUUUCAUCGUGAGUGUCUAAACAUUGAGAUGCCAGAGGGAAGCUGGUAUUGUAAUGAUUGCAAGGCAGGCAAAAAGCCACACUACAAAGAAGUAGUCUGGGUGAAAGUUGGGCGCUACAGGUGGUGGCCAGCUGAGAUUUGCCAUCCUAGGACAAUUCCUGUCAAUAUCCAGAAAAUGAAGCAUGACAUCGGUGAGUUCCCUGUGCUGUUCUUCGGCUCCAAGGAUUACCUGUGGACACACCAGGCUCGUGUGUUCCCUUACAUGGAAGGUGAUGUCAGCAGCAAAGACAAGAUGGGGAAGGGCGUGGAUGGCAUAUACAAGAAAGCUCUUCAAGAAGCUGCUGUGAGAUUUGAAGAGUUGAAGGCACAGAAAGAACUGAGACAGCUUCAGGAAGACAAAAAGAACGACAAGAAACCUCCUCCCUACAAACAUAUCAAGGUGAACCGACCGGUGGGGAAGGUGCAGAUCUUCACUGCAGACCUGUCCGAGAUCCCACGCUGCAACUGCAAACCCACCGAUGAAAACCCCUGCGGCCUGGACUCCGAGUGCAUCAACCGCAUGUUGCUCUACGAGUGCCACCCCAUGGUGUGUCCUGCUGGGGAGCGCUGCCAGAACCAGUGCUUCUCCAAGCGCCAGUAUCCCGAGGUACAGAUCUUCCGCACGCUGGCACGAGGCUGGGGCUUGCAAGCCAAAACAGACAUCAGGAAGGGUGAAUUUGUUAAUGAGUAUGUUGGGGAGCUAAUUGAUGAAGAGGAGUGCCGAGCCCGAAUCCGCUAUGCUCAGGAGCAUGACAUUACCAAUUUCUACAUGUUGACACUGGAUAAGGAUCGAAUCAUUGAUGCUGGGCCAAAGGGCAACUACGCUCGGUUCAUGAACCAUUGCUGCCAGCCCAACUGUGAGACUCAGAAAUGGUGUGUGAACGGUGACACACGAGUCGGGCUCUUCGCACUUGUAAAUAUCAAAGCUGGGACUGAGCUGACUUUCAACUACAAUCUGGAGUGUCUGGGAAAUGGAAAGACCGUUUGUAAAUGUGGUGCCCCAAAUUGCAGUGGCUUCCUAGGAGUAAGGCCAAAGAGCCAGCCCAGUCUCACCGAGGAGAAGUCCAAGAAGCUGAAGAGGCGGCCACAGAUGAAGCGCAGGUCGCAGGCGGAGGUGAUGAAGGAGCGAGAGGACGAGUGUUUCAGCUGUGGGGACGGAGGGCAGCUGGUUUCUUGUAAGAAGUCAGGCUGCCCCAAGGUGUACCAUGCAGACUGCCUCAACCUGACCAAGAGACCUGCAGGAAAAUGGGAGUGCCCGUGGCAUCAGUGUGAUAUGUGUGGUAAGGAAGCAGCUUCGUUCUGCGAGAUGUGCCCCAGGUCCUUCUGCAAGCAGCACCGGGAAGGAAUGCUCUUCAUCUCCAAGCUGGAUGGACGAUUAUGCUGUACGGAGCACGAUCCCUGUGGGCCUCACCCUCUAGAGCCAGGAGAAAUUCGUGAGUAUGUGCCUCCCAUAGAAGCCCUGACUAAUGGAGAGGACACCCAGCCACCAGAGCAGCUGCCUGCAGAGGUAGACACAGAGGCAGACACAGACCUGAGCGUUCAGACCCUGGACAGCCUACCUCAGUCUGUGGCCCUCAGACUGCAGUCACCAGAAAAGCCCCCUGCUACCCUGGCGCUGAGGCUGCCAUCAUCAGACAAGCCCCCCACCACCCUUGCCCUGAGGCUGCAGCCGUCAAACAAGCCCCCCACUACCCUGGCCCUCAGGCUGCCUUCACCAGACAAACCACCCGCCACCCUGGCUCUGAGACUGCCACCAUCAAAUAAACCCCCCGCCACUUUGUCACUGAGGCUGAAGCCAUCCAACAAACCCUCCACCACCCUCUCGCUCCGGCUGCAGCCUUCGGACAAACCUCCCACCACCCUGUCACUCCGCCUGCAGCCGUCAGACAAGCCCCAGGCCGCCCUGUCCCUAAGGCUGCAGUCAGAGAAGCAGCCCAUCAUCGUAGCGCUGCGGCCUCAGCAGCCCGACAAACCUCCCACCAACGCGGUGCUCUGGCCCCUGGAUGAGUCCUCCAGUGACACCUCGCAGCCUCAGCUGCCGAGCAAAUCUCCUCCGGGAUCACCACAGUCGUUGGAUGAGUCGCUUGUUACUGCUGGUGCCCUGCAGCUCCAGCUGUCAGACGAGCCUCCAGACACCCCUGAGGUUUUGGGGUUAUCGGACAAGUCCCUCAUUGACACCGGGACCCAGCAGCCUGAGCUGCUGGAUGAGUUCCCCACAAAAUGCCUGCAUCCUCCACUGUCUGACAGACUCCUCGCCACGGUGGGGACGCUGCAGUCCCAGCCGGCAGAUGAGCCUCCUGAGGCCGAUCAGCUCCAACCACUGGAUGACACUUCUGCCCAGAGCCCACAGCCACAGUCUGUGGAAGAGGAUCCCAGCUCUGUGGUGCCACAGGUCCCAGUAUUGGAGGUGGCUUCCAGUCCUGAGGUGCUGUGGCCUCUGCCCAUUGCAGAAGUCCCCGACUCCCCUGUCUCACGGAUCCUGCCUGCAGAGAAGGCUCCUGGAUCGGCAGUGCCACGACCCCUGCCUCUAGAAAAUGCCUCCUUCUCCACUGCAAUGCGGGUCCCAGCCACAGAGAAGGCUCCUAGCUCUGGGUCACCCCAUCCCCUGACUCCAGAGAAGGCUCCUGCCUUGGGUAUGCCACGGAUCCUGCCCACAGAGAAGGCUCCCAGCUUAGGGGUGUCGUGGCCCCUAACUCCGGAGAAGGCCCCUGGCUCCCGGUCGCCUCACGUCCUGACUGUGGACAAGGCUCUGAGCUCUGGGGCCCUGCGGAUCCCACUCACACAAAAGGCUCUCUCCCCUGGGGUGCUGCGACCCCUGCCUCCGGAGAAGGCUGCUGACUCCGGGGCCCUGCGGGUCCUGCCUCUGGAAAAGGCUCUCAGCUCUGGGGUGUCUCGGCCUCAGCUCUUGGAGAGACCUCUCGCUCUUACAGCCCCGUGGCCUCAGGCAUCAGACAAGCUGACUGCUGCCGUGGCUCCUCGGCCUCAAGCCUUGGAUAAGCCUCUGGCUGCAUCAGCUCCAAGGCUGUUGCUGUCGGAGAAGGCGCUGCGACCUGUCGACCAGAAUGCUCAACCGAAGGAGAGAGGAGCCCCGGCCAUGGAGCUGAAUCCCCAGCAGAAAGAGAGGACCAUGUUAGCUGGGGAGCAAAUCUCUUGGUCUGCUGGGAAGGUAGUGACGCAUGUUGGACAAGUACCGUGGCCUACGGAGAAACUACAGACGCACGAGCAGACCCACUGGCCCACUGCAAAAGCCCUGAUGCCUGCUGAGCAGCCUUCCCGGACAGCAGAGAAACCACCAGAGCCAACCAUUCAGCCCAGCUGGGAAGUGGCCUCAGCCCCCGCAGAGCAGACCCCGUGGACAUCAGAGAGAUUGCGUGCAUUCGAGCAGACCCCUCGGCCAGCCAGGGAAGCGCCAGUGCCCCCAGAGCAGAUGCAGUGGCUUGUCACGAACAUUCAGACAAUUGACCAGAUUUCUUGGCUGGGUGGAAAAGCACAGACUCCUCGGGGGCAGGACCCUUUGCCUGAACAAAACACAGCGUUAGCCUGUAACCAGGAUUCUGUCUGUCGUGAGUUGGCCGACUCAGAGCCAAAGUGAGGUUGGUAAAUAUGGGAGGCAGGUUUCAGUUGUUUAAUGUUUAGGGAGGGGGAAUCUUUCUUUUGUUUUUUUUUAUUCACUUCCCUGAGCCCAGCCCCUAACCCAUGCACAUCCCAUCCAUAUUCUCUCAUGACAUGAGCAAGGACAUUCUCUUAAACCUGAGUCUGGCCCAAGCAAGGGGAGAGAGCAUCCGUGACCUUUUCCUCUUCCUUUAACAAAUGGUAAAGCUGAAAUAAAGAGUCCACUCUGGGUGAAAAUCUCCAAUUCCAUUGAAAUGGUCACAUUACUGAUCCAGCGUGUUCAAGCUCCAGGUCUGAUUCAUAGGUGGGUUCCCAGGUACAGCCAGGGGCCUUGCUUUCAUUACUACAUUUAAAGGAAGGAGAUCAGUCAGGCUGCCCUGGGACUGAAGAAGUUUCAGGAUCAGGUGGUGAGCAGUCAGGUACAUGUCCUUGCCAGACUCUAGAAGCAGGGAAGGGAUUCUUGUUGUCUGCCCAGGUCUCUGUCCCUGCAGGGCGUUGCUUUGUGAGGUUUAUCCGUAUGUUCACUGGGAUGUGCUGUGUGUGUGGUUUGCUGAAGGACAAGGAUCAUCUCCAGUGAGCUGGGAGAGGAGCCCCUGCACUCACUCAGUGCAGUUUUCUCCAUUAAUAGGCAGUGUCCAUUCAGGCUCCUUUGUACAGAGCUGCAUCUGGCCAGGCCCGAGAAACAGGAAAUCUGGAGGAAGUCAGGGAAAAGAGAGAUCUUGGAAGUAGUCGUCUGGCAGUGUUUUCAUUCUUGUGUCUUAAUCCUUUAGCACAGGACAUGUGGAGUGCUUUCCUGCCCUUGAAAACGUAGUGACCCGUAAAGCAGCAAUAGUGGAGCAGGGCAGAGUGGGUUCCCCAAGGUGCUGAGCUCUGCCCUGGCAAGGGAGUGGUGCUCCCUUUCAAAUUUCCAUCCAGUCUCUUCUGUCUCAAUGUGAGCCAGCGGACUGAGCAGUCCUUUCUCCCCUUGCCUCAGGCGUGUUCAGGACGUGUUCCCAUCACACCUGGUAUUGCCAGCAGCAAGCAAAACCUGACUCGCUCACUGCACAGCGCAGAGGCAAGGGUUCCGUAGCUGUAUCGGGACCCAUCUCAACACCUUCCCCUUGGGCAGCUUCUGGCUUAACUCUUCUACAACCAAAGGAGACUUGAAUUAACUGGACUGUGUUGGGGUGAGUGUGAGUGUGUGUGUGUGUGUGUGUGUGUCCUUCCAACUGAAUUGUAGUUCUCACACUGGAACAUGGUGGGCUCCAGCAGCUGGCUGGCUUUCUUUUUUCCUCUUCUCCCUUUUCCAGUGAAAAUAGAUGUUUAGUACCUGGUAGUCAUCAAGCUGGUGUCCAGACUAGGCCUGCUGAAAGCCAUUCACUCAAGCAUGGAGGCAGAAGUUGGCUUGGCUGUGGUGCUUGUGGGCCAGGUGGUAGAGUCCCAGGGCCCUGCAGCAUCUUGCGACCACCGGCACCCUCGCAGGCAGGAGGAGGAGGAUGGGCCUCCCUGGUGGCAGUGCCUGGGCUGGAUGGGGUCAGUGUCCUGCCAAGGAAGCACUGCUGACCAGCAUUUUCCCACUGUCACAACACAUUACCUCUGUGGUUUGCCUGAGCUCCACCAAUCUGGGGCCGCAGCCUCGGAUCUCUGUGCCGCCACCAGACCCUCACGCAGCUCCAGUGUGUGUAUCCUUCUCCUUCCAGGCUGAUCCACAGGUCCCUCCCCAGAAGGGAAGCGUUCAGCUCCAGGCCAACCCUCUCCCUCUGACAUGGGAGGGACUCGACCCUUUGCUUCCUUGUUCCCACCUGGCUUGCAAGUGCCUGCUGCUCCCAGAGCAGACAGUCAUGAGCUUUGCAGUUUUCUAUGAAGGGAGGCAGACACCUGUGCCGAGACAAAUCCCAGUCUAUUCUGCUUUCCUGACUUGUGCACCCUGAGACAACGUCCUCCUGAAAAGGCCGGGUGUGCUGGGCACGAGGGGACAUUACCAGUGCUAUGGUGCAUCUCUUCUCUAGUCCAAAUCAUUUCAGAUCCUUUGUAGAAUAGCUCACGGCUUGGAAAAGCUUUAUGGCUUAUGGAAACUUACUUGUUAAAUGUUGUUUUUUUCCGGGAAGACUAGCAGGUCAGUUCCUGCUUGCUGCUGAAACUGGGGAAAUACAAGCAGCUUAUGUUUCUGCGUGACUCCUCCAGAAAGGGAAUCAGGACAACUCAGAUCCAUUGAGAGAGAAGAUUGUCUUAAGGGCAUUCGUUAACUUUUUUAAACAAAAUUAAAAAAAAAGAAAAAAAAAGGUAAUGACGUUCAGUAUAUUAAGUAUUUAUCAUGUGUGAGAAGGAAAAUAAAUCUUGAAUUUACAUUUAUAAGCCUUCCCAUGAGCUGGACUUAGUCAUGUAGAUUGUGUAAGUAGGGUUCCCUCAGUGCCGGUGCCCAGCCAGCUCCCGCUGUAACCAGAGAGGUCUCUGCACUGCUCUGUCCACCUCCGCUUUGCAUUGUCACGUGUUAACUCGCUACUUGUUUCAUGAAAAAAUAAACUGUGAAUAUUUUUGGUGCA